UUUAAAAAUAAAGUUCUGUUUUUCUUCAAGGAAAUUGUUGUUUUAACUGAGUAAACACUAUUAUUACUAUAGUAUGAUGUGAUUGGUAGGCUUUACUUAGCCCAGUAGGUUGAGUUGAAAGCUGAACAGUCUCUUUGUAGCCAAUGGACGUUGACACCUAUGUAAUACAAAUAAUGUAGAACCAGAUGGCAUUCUUAAGAAGCCCGAUAGUAAUUGAGAUAACUAGGCGUCUGGGAGUUCAAUUACACACCCAGGAGACUAGAAACAAAGGGACGUCAAGCAAGAGAGCAAGAGCUCAUUCAGUGGAUAAAAUCCGCAGGAAGUAACAAUGCAUCCUUGUGAAGAAUAUUCAAACAGAAAUCCGCAUUGCUACAAUUUCAGGAAAGUCCACGAUUUAUAUUACGUGAGCAUACAGAGACAAAAAGAACAAAUGGAGCAAAAGGAGAAAAACAGCAGGAAGAGGAAGCUGAGAAUUUGUGUGGCUACAUGUAACCGGGCCGAUUACUCAAAACUAGCUCCCAUUAUGUGUGGGAUCAAAGCCGAUCCGGACAGCUUCGACCUGGAGGUGGUGGUCUUGGGUUCCCAUCUUAUUGAUGAUUAUGGCAACACUUAUCGGAUGAUCGAGCAGGAUGACUUUGACAUCAGCUCUAAGCUCCACACUAUUGUGCGUGGAGAGGAUGAGGCAGCCAUGGUAGAGUCGGUUGGUUUGGCCUUGGUCAAGCUGCCUGAUGUGCUUCACCGCCUUCAGCCGGAUGUGCUAAUUGUUCACGGUGACCGCUUUGAUGCUUUGGCUCUGGCCACUGCUGCUGCGCUCAUGAACAUUCGCAUCCUGCAUGUGGAGGGGGGAGAGGUGAGUGGCACCAUCGACGACUCCAUCCGCCAUGCCAUCUCCAAACUGGCUCACUACCAUGCCUGCUGCACUCGAAGUGCCGAGCAGCAUCUCAUCGCCAUGUGUGAGGACCACAGCCGUAUCCUGCUGGCAGGCUGCCCAUCCUAUGACAAGCUGCUGUCUGCACGUGACAGGGACGACUACAUGGACAUCGUCCAAAACUGGCUAGGAGAAAAUGUAAAAGAACAGAACUACAUUGUGGCUCUGCAGCACCCUGUCACAACUGAUAUUAAAAACUCAAUUAAGCUCUAUGAGCUCACCCUGGAUGCCCUCAUUUCCUUUAAUAAAAGAACUUUGAUUCUCUUCCCUAACAUUGAUGCAGGCAGUAAGGAGAUGGUCCGAGUCAUGAGGAAGAAAGGCAUCGAGCGGCAUCCUAACUUCCGAGCAGUAAAGCAUGUGCCCUUUGAACAGUUCAUCCAGCUGGUCGCUCAUGCGGGCUGCAUGAUUGGCAACAGCAGCUGCGGAGUGCGGGAAGCUGGGGCUUUCGGUACACCUGUGAUUAAUCUCGGGACCCGGCAGACCGGAAGAGAAACAGGUGAAAAUGUUCUUCAUGUAAGGGAUGCAGACACUCAGAAUAAAAUCUAUCAUGCUUUGGAACUGCAGUUUGGAAAGCGGUAUCCAUGCUCAAAGAUAUAUGGAGAUGGCAAUGCAGUUACCCGGAUCCUGAAGUUUUUGAAAACUAUUGACCUGGAUGAACCAUUGCAGAAGACAUUCUGUUUCCCACCAGUGAAGGAUUGCAUUUCUCAGGACAUUGACCACAUCCUGGAGACGCAGAGCGCCCUGUCCGUGGAUCUGGGGGGCACCAACCUCCGAGUGGCCAUAGUCAGCAUGAAAGGGUCGAUAGUGAAGAAAUACACGCAGGCAAACCCAAAAACCUAUGAAGCUAGAAUCGAGUUGAUCCUGAAGAUGUGUACAGAUGCUGUUAUUGAUGCCAUGAGUAUAAACUGCAGAAUUCUUGGAGUGGGUGUGUCGACUGGAGGUCGUGUAAACCCUCAGGAAGGUGUGGUCCUUCACUCCACUAAGCUGAUCCAGGAGUGGAGUGCAGUGGACAUUAGGACUCCUAUCUCUGACAAACUGCAUUUGCCUGUGUGGGUCGACAAUGAUGGAAACUGUGCUGCCCUAGCAGAAAAGAAAUUUGGCCAUGGGAGAGGGGUUGAGAACUUUGUAACUAUAAUAACAGGCACAGGUAUUGGCGGUGGCAUCAUCCAGCACAGCGAACUCAUUCAUGGUAGCACCUUCUGUGCAGCAGAGCUUGGCCACAUCAUGGUGUCCCUGGACGGGCCAGAGUGUAUGUGUGGUAGCCGAGGCUGCAUAGAGGCGUACGCGUCGGGGAUGGCACUUCAGAGAGAAGCCAAGAAACUACAUGACGAGGACCUACUUGUUGUGGAAGGGAUGUCUUUGAAGAAUGAGGAUCCUGUCAGUGCCAUCCAUCUAAUUACUGCUGCCAAGAUGGGAAAUUCCAAAGCAGAAGCUAUUCUUAAAACAGCUGGAACAGCACUGGGAGUGGGGAUUGCCAAUAUCCUACACACAGUGAAUCCAUCCCUGGUCAUCUUGUCUGGAGUCCUGGCUUCACACUACGAGAACCCUGUCAAGCAGAUUAUUAGCCAGCGGGCACUGAAUUCCGUACAGGGCACAAAGGUGAUGACCUCUGACCUGGAAGAACCUGCCCUAUUGGGUGCUGCAAGUUUGGUACUAGAUUAUGCCACACGGAGGACAUAUUAGUUUUGGAGCCAAAUGCACAUUUCUGUAUUGUACUGUCCAUUCAGUCCUCAGCCUUAACUGGAAAUAUAGGCCUUUUUCUGGCUGUACCUGAAGUAGGUUUAAAACUAAGUAAAUAUGGGACAUACCUAGGGCCAGUAGAAAUUCAUGUUUUUAUAUUGUAUUUUCUGUUGUACUUGUCUUAUGCAAAACUUUACCUUUGUUCAAGCACUGAGCAGUAUCAUUGGAUUGGUAGAAGUAAUUAUAUUUUUUUCUGUAACAAUGAUAAAAACAGUUCUUUAGUUACAGAUAUUCGUGAAACUCUGUUAUGUAUGAGUUCAUUUACCUUUUUAAAGCUAGAAUCAGGUUUAUGAUUUCAAACAAACUUUACUUGCAAUACAAAUACUCUUAAGUGCUAUUGACAAAAAAGUGGUGGAGACAAUAAACAGCCUUCACUAAACAAGUUGGCCUUAUCAUUCUAAGUAAUGCAAAUAUAAAGAAAUCACACACCCAAAGAAGGUUCCACAGCUGAAAUGUUUCCUUCCUUCUCAUUUCAGCAUGGAAUUAAACCUUUACUUCUUCCUAAGUAAUGCAAAUGCCUAUUCUCACCCAAUUAAUCUGAAGUUUUUCAUUUAAGAUAUGUAUCAUUGCUUACUUAUUUCAAAUUGACUUCCUAACUCUAUAUACAUACAUACGUCAUACUAUACAUUGGCUGAUGGUUUUAAUUUUUAAUGACUUUGUUGCCUACAGUAAUCCAUCAAUACUUGAAAGCAAUUUUAUGAGUUUUUGUUUCUGUACUGAAUGGUUGCAAAUUAGAGAAUGUCAUGCUUUGUGUAGCAGCUUAAUUUGGCUUUCCAAUGAUUUUCUUUUUAAUCUGCAAUGCCUGAUGUAGAGCUGACUUUUUAUUUCCAUUAUCUUGUUAUAAUGGAUUCUUCAUUUGCUUUGAGGACAUAUUAAGGCUGUUAAGCACGAUCAAAAUUUCUACUGGCCCUAGACACAAAGUACAACUUAAAAUCUAAACAUAUAUGUUUAUUUAUUAAAAUGUAUAUUGUCCCAAAUGAUGACUAUUAUUUAAACUAAUGGGGGUAUUAUUUGUAUUAUUAUUACAGGUACAGUAAGGGUAUAGUGAUCAAAAUUCUUAACUUAUGCCAGAUUCUUCUUUUUAAAGGAAUGCCAUUGUUUGACAUUGUCCUGAACAUCUUUAAUGUAAUGGGGAACAUGACUGAUUUUAAUAUUCUGAUAAAAGUCAGUUAAGACUGGGGUUAAAUUCUGAAUGAAUCAUGUAGAAACUUAAGCAUAUACAUUUAGCAAGUUUGAGGCUGCAUUGUGAAUUAGCAGCUAGAGCUCACAACAGGAAGGUUGUGGGUUCAUAUCCUAGGUAGCACAGUGCCAUUGUACUCUUGAUCAAGGUACUUCACUCUGAUUGCUCCAGUAAAAUGCCCAGCUGUACAAAUGGGUAUACUUUUAAGUGAAGGUCACUUAAAGUCACUUGCAUAAAAGUGGCAGCCAAAUAAAUAAAUAAAUGGUAAAGAUAACUUUAGAGUAAGGUUGACUUAGCAGUUUGCAUCAAGCCACAGCAGGGAAUUCAAACUGAGUCACUUAAUUUAGAUAACAAAGAUAACUAAAAUUUAGAUCCUGGAUAACAAAGAUCAUAGCAAAACGAUGACAGAAUUCCAUUUAAUUCUGUGUGUCCAGAGAAACCAUGAUGAACAUUUAAGAUUUGUGUUAAGUAUGAUUUUGGGAAGAAACUUAUGAAUGGUUCAUAGGAAAUUACUCUCAUUGUUUUAGUUGAUUAAAAACUGAGUUUUUUUAACAUUCCAGGAAAAGUUAUAUAUAGAAAUGAAGGGUAGCUAAGGUAAUUUAAAAACGCUAACGUAAGAAAAAUAUCUGUCGUCUAUGUUGUAGAGUGUUUAAAUAUUUUAAGGGCAGCUUGCUUGAAGGUUAAAUGGCUAUCCAAUGGUAACAUCUGUCAGUUUCCAAGUACUUUGCAGUCCAUGUCACUUUUAAAAAAUGUUGCAGUUCACAUUAUAAAAAAUCAAUCUUCAGCUAUAUUUUAUACCCAGUUUGAAAUCAACAGUUGUUUUAUGUUCUUAACUCUUGCACCACAUGGGGAUGAUAAUGAGGGUCUGUUGAAAGAAUGCUCUAACAUGCCCACUUUCCUGAGACUUUCAUCCUUCUGUACAGAGGAGCUGGGUCACAUCAUGGUGGCCCUGGAUGGACCAGAGUGCAUGUGUGGUAGCUGAGACUGCACAGGGAUGAAUGUGUCAAUGAUGUUAAAAGAGCUACAGCACAUGGCAGUCAGUAGCCCAAACAUUUCAUAGUGGAUUUAUUUGAUAGUGGAGACCAUCUUUAAUUACGUAGAGCCUUGAAUAUUUAUGAUUUUCAUGUGCAAUGGUGGCUACAAACAGAAGAUAUCAUGUUGUACUUCAAUCAACAUGAGGAUGAGAAUGUGGAACACUGGAAACAAUCCCCAUGCAUACCCUCCUUUCAGAGUCUUUCAUAUUUUGAUGCUGUGUGAGCUCCUAGAGAUUUAAUAUAAAGUUAGCAUCUGUUGGAGUAGCUUUUCAAUCUCGCGUUGUCAUUGCUACAAGCUUCUGGGUACCCAGUAGGAUGCAGGAGUUGAUACUGCACUGAAUACUUUUGAAAUUUGAAACAUAGAACUGAAAGUCACAAUAUGCAAGUCAGAAAAUUUACUUUUUAGCAGAAGUAUAUCGCCAGUCUCAUCAGUACAGAUCUGGCUUGCAAUGUCAUUGAGUGAUUUCUGUUGUGAAACUUCUGAUUGCUCACUGAGGCUAUGUAGACUUAGUUUUAAAUUGUGUAAUUGUAGUUCUUGAGACUGAUACAUUUGGAUUUUCAUAAAUAAUUCAAAAAGUGUAAUGUAUAACUGUGUAUUUAAAAAAAACCUGGACCAUUGUGUGUACAAUGAUGUGUAUUUAAAGUUGUUGUUGUUUUUUAUUGGAUAACCAUUUCGCCUUAAAAAAUGAAUUACUUGCUUGGUACCCGGAACGUUUUGGUUAUGUUUGUUGGCAAUAUUAUAAUUUAAUCUAUGUAAAAAAAAAACAUUUGGUCUAUUUAUAAUUUAAGUGACAGUCUUUUUUAUUACAGUUCUGUGCUAACAUGAAUAAGAGGAGAAACUUUUAGUACGACUCUUAAAUUCAAUAGUUGUUUUACAUUUGAUGUUUGUGGUGUGUACAAAUCUUACAAAUCUUUGGCCUUCCUAUUGGACUCAUCACUUCCUGCAAGUUUUGCUUUUAUCCCCAGGGCAGGUGGAGCAGGUCAUCAUCAAAACCAUCACCGUAUUUUUUCUUGAUCUCUUUCUAACAUUGGUACAGCACCUUUAUGAUCUUUGUGAUGUAUUAAACACAACACUCAGUUACAGCAAUUACUGCUGCCACGAGUUUUGUAAAGGUCUCUCCCAGACCUAGACUAGAGCAGAAUGUGUAGAUUCUGAAUAUGAAGUCUUCUUUGAAAGUUCACAAUUGCAAGUUCAAUAGUAAUGAAAUAUGGACUUUUUUGUGCAAGGCACUGUACAUGUAUGAAAUUAUUGAAGGCUGGUUAGGGGACGGGGUGACACAGUACUAUGGCAUUUAGCACUGCUUCCUCACAGUUCUUGGACCAUGAUUUGGUGCUGGGGCAUUUACUGUGGUGCCUGUGUGUUCAUCCAAACUUCAUAUCAGUUUUCCCCAGGGGCUCCAGUUUCCUCUACCUCCCAAACAUGCUGGUUAAGUUCACUGAAGUCUUUGUAUUGUCCCUGGGUGCUUGCUUGUAGAGUAUGUACCCUGAAUGGACUGGUAUCCCAGCCAGGGUGUAGUCCUGCCUUACACCUUAUGUUGCAGGAACAGAUGCCAGGUUACCACAGGUCUUUACAGUAACAAGCAAUAGAGAGUGAUAAACAGAUAGGCUGAGGACCCUAGAACAUAGUCAAGAAACUGUAUUGCUUGUGUCUGUAUCCUUCCAUGGAAGAAAAGACUGAACUAACCAAUACAAACAGAAUUGGCAUAUGAACAAUAUAUGAACUCAGAGAAUAAGUAACUUUAAAACCAGAAUGGAAUGAAAGAUUAUAAACCAAAGCCAAUGCAAUAUCAGAGACAAAAGUGAGCUUGGAAAAGCAAAAUCUUAAAGCAUUCUUUUAAUUAGCUUUAAAAAUGACAUUACACAAACAAAAAAUAUUCUUAACUAAGUAUAGCUGACAAGCUGUAACUGAAACAUUAAACAGCAUGAAUAUUGUUUUGGCUAUAACACUAACUGAAGUCAAAAACUGAAUCAUGUCAAGCGCUGCACAACUAUAGACACUUGUUAAUGGUUGGCCGUUCACAGUCCAACUAAAAUUGAAAGUAAUACACUAAUCCUUUGUCUGUAGAAUUUGGACACAAGGCUGUGCUGAGUUAGAUGGGGACCUUAUUUAAAAAAAAAGUGAUCUUCAAAGUUGUGCUGGGUUACUAAAUACAUGCCAUUAGUGAUGUUCUGUUUAGUUUGUACUUAAAUCACUUUUGUCUGUCAAUUGAUUUUAAUUUAUUUUUAAUUAUUAAUACCAUGUCAGGAUCUAAGUUAUAUGAAGAAAAGUAAAAACAUUUUUUCCACAAAACAUUCCUUUAUAGUUUGACAGCCCAUGUAAUUGGAAACUGUUUUAGACUGUUCUUAAAUGUUGAUUUCUAUAAAUAAAAUAGACAUGCAAACUA